ACAACUUUUCCUUCCAAAUUCAACUACUUAUAACUUGCAUCAAUCUCAGCCAAACCAAACAAUCAAAACACCUCAUUUCUCAUAACUUUUACCUCAAUCUCUUUCUCUUGCUCUCAAGAUGAACACCAACACCCAAAAGAACCAAUCACCUUCUGAAGCACAAGAUGCAGCACCUUGUCCUUCAUCAUCAAACAACGUUAAUUGGGGAACUCACAUGAUGGGUACCCCUGCUGUUCCAAGCAGCCACCCAGAUAACAAAAAAGCAGCUUUACAAAGCGAACAACCUCAGCAAGUGCAGUACUUCCAACACCCUUAUGUCCAACACAGCCCCGUUGAGAAACCAAGCAACAGUCCCAUGGAGUCAAUCCUCAACAUGUUUGAUUCUUGGACCAAGAAAGCUGAAGCCACCGCUCACAACGUUUGGCACAACCUUAAAACAGGUCCUUCAGUAUCUUCAGCUGCGUUUGGGAAGAUGAAUCUAACGGCAAAAGCGAUAUCAGAGGGUGGAUUUGAGUCCCUUUACAAGCAAACAUUCACAACCUAUCCAAACGAGAAGCUCAAGAAGAGCUUUGCUUGUUACCUUUCAACAUCAACAGGUCCAGUUGCAGGAACCCUUUACCUGUCCAAUAUUCAUGUAGCGUUUUGCAGUGAUCGCCCAUUGUGUUUCACUGCACCCUCUGGCCAGGAAACUUGGAGCUACUACAAGGUAAUGGUGCCUUUGGGGAAGGUUGGAGUGGUCAACCCAGUGAUCAUGAGGGAAAACCCAUCAGAAAAGUACAUUCAAAUUGUAACAGUGGAAGGACAUGAUUUUUGGUUCAUGGGUUUUGUCAAUUUUGACAAAGCAGUUAAGAACCUCUCAGAAGGUAUCUCACACUUCGUAGCACCAGGAAUAGCUGUGCCAUCCACUAGUUCCGGAGCUAAUGACCAGAAACUCCAGUGAUUUCUAGUUUUUGGAUUAUUAUGCUGUUCUAUGUAUAAUUUUGUUAAUAUUUUUACUUUAUGGUUUGUGCAUCGGAUCAUUACUUUAUUGUCAAAAUUUUGAGGAGUGGAUGUUAAAUUUCGUAAUACAUAAAUAAAAUGUCAUGUCUGUUGUGCAUCUUUUUUUCCUCUGA